AUGGCGGCUGUCACGAAAGUGGGCGAGGGAUCAACAAACCCUCGCGGCAUCCCCGUCGCCCCCUUCGUCGACAAUGUCAGCGACUACGUCGCCAGCCGGGCAGACGUCGAAGGCACACUGCGCUCCUUCCAAGAAAUGAUAUCCAAAUACCAAUUCAUGGAAGUGAACACGCAGCGACGCAGCGUGGGUCUUCGAGAGAAAAUCCCCGAUAUCAAAAAGACGCUUGAUAUGGUGAAAUUCUUGAAAUUGAGGCGUGAUCAUGUCAACAAUAGCGAUAAUAACGAAGACGGAGAUGACGAAGACAAUAAGGAUGUCAUACAGACGCAUUUCGAGUUGAAUGAUACACUCUACGCGCGGGCUAAAAUCUCCGUGCAGGAUACGGAGGAGGUGUAUCUCUGGCUGGGUGCGAAUGUUAUGCUAGCAUACCCUAUUGACGAAGCGGAGACAAUGCUGGUGGACAAAUUACAGGCGGCGGAAUUGAGUCUGGCGAAUUGUGAGGAGGAUUUGGAAUUUUUGAGAGAGCAGAUUACCACACUCGAAGUUGCAACGGCCCGCGUGUACAAUUGGGAUGUUGUGCAGAGACGAAAGGAGAAGGCAGAAGGGAAGGGAGACGAUGAAGAAAAGGGGGAGCCAGAUGGUUAA